AUGGCGGCCACAUUUGAGAGAAUCACCAGCCUUCACGGACCCUCUCCACUCCUCCAACGCCCCCCCACCAUGCCUGGAGUCUUCAACCCAUUCCCGCAGCAGCAGAGCGCUGGUGUGUUUCGGCAGGGGUCAUCGUCGCCUGUGGCAGGCCCAGGCGUGUUGUUUACAGGGCAUGCGGCACGCAGCGGCGCAGCGAACCACCCCCCCGCGUUCCGCCUUGGCAUCGGCUUCGAGCCUGGGGGAACCUCCUCUGGUGCUUGCAGCACCGCUGGUGCUGCCGGUGCUGCUGGUGCUGGCGGUAUUGGCGGUAAUGGCAUCACUGGCGUUGCUGCUGGCGGCACUGCCGGCACUGAUGGUGCAGGUGCAGGUGCAGGUGCAGGUGCAGGGGGCCUUUGGAGGGGUGCGGCCCGCAGCGCGUGGAUGGUUGGUGCGAACGGAGCGCCCACCAGGUUUGCUUUCUCCUCCUCCCCUGCGGGCUCUCCUCCUGUCUCACUCACAGCUCCUGGCACGGGCGCUGGGCUGGGACUAACCGGGCUGGGUCUAGGCAUGUUGGGACUAGGCGGGCUGGGGCUAGGCGGGCAGGUGUCUGGCGAGCAGGGUGCGGGACUGGCGGGGGAGCUUGGCGCAGCCCUGGGCGCGUCCAUGCGCGGAACCAUUGGCGGAACCACCAUGGGCGGAAGCAUGGGCGGAAGCAUGGGCGGAAGCAUGGGCGGAAGCAUGGGCGCAAUGCAGGGAGGACCAGUAGGAGGAGGGGUGGCUCUUGACUUUUGGAAGCUAGGCAGUGGUGGUGCCAUGGACAGUAGGGCGCAUGGAGCAGUGCAGGAGGGCGCAGGCAUGGCGCGUGCAGGUGGGGGUGGGGGAGAGGCGGAGCAUAGAGGAGGAGCAGAUGCAGGGAGCAGAAGAGGGAUUGAGAGGGAUGCAGCGCGCAUAUGGAGUCUGGCGGAGGAGCUGCAAGUGCAGGCGGACAGGCAGGGGGCACUGGAGCGCUCUUUGAGUCAACUUAACCCCCGCCCCCCCGCACCCUUGUCCCCCACCCCCCGCGCCGCAUGCCCCUCCCAGGCGCGCAUAUGGAGUCUGGCGGAGGAGCUGCGGCUGCAGGCGGACAGGCGGGGGGCACCGGAGCAGCGGCUGGUGCAUUACGUGUUGGAGGGGCUCAUUGCACGCGUCAUGGGCGACGGGGCCAAGCGCUGGAACACCAAUACCGCACUCUCUGUCAGUGAGGACGUGUUGAGCAAGAUGGCGGACCUCUCAUUCGUGAUGCCGCACCAUCGCUUCAUGGUCAUGGCGUGCAAUGCAGCCUUGGUCGAGGCAGUGCGCCACCACCCAGUCGUGCACGUCGUUGACAUCGGCUGGUGGUUCGCCGGACAGUGGCCCGGCUUCAUUGCAGCGCUAGGGACUCUCCCAGGCCCUAAGCCCCUUCUCAAGUUCACCAAGGUGGACACCCCACCCUCCAUGUGCCCGGAGCGAAACUUUUCCCAGCUGCCCGCGGACCACUGCCAGGACAUGCUAGAGAGGGCAGCAGCAGCAGCGGGCAUACGCCUGGUCUUCCAAGCAGUCGAGUGCUCUCUCGACCGCCUCGACCGCCGCAUUCUCGGCCUCGAUCCCCUCUCCCCCGCCGCUGCCGCCAGGUGCCUCAGCAGCAGCAGCGGCAACAGCAGCGGCAGCGGAGGCGGGGGCGGCGGGGGAGACGGCACGUACAGCAACCAGUCGGACAACAUUCAACGGCCGCACAAGCACCAGCGCCACUCCUCUGCCACGCUGCCGAUAGCCGGAGCGGCGGACGCGAGGCAGGUGCUAUCGGCGGUGGAAGCGGGGAGGGGAGGAGGAGCAGGCGGGGAGGUUCUGGUGGUGAAUGGCAUCAUGCGCUUGCACACGCUGCCCAGCGGGUCCGUGGUGCGGCACUCCCCGCGCGACGCUGCUCUGCGUGCCAUCCGCCGUCUAAACCCCCACGCAGUAGUCCUGGGGGAAAGACACGUGGACCAUGACGGACCCUUCUUCCUGCGCCGUAUGGCGGAUGCCCUCCCCUGGUACCUCUCCGUGUUUGAAUCCCUCGAAGCAGGGCUCGUCCCGCGCGUGCAGGCGUCCCGAGACGUGUUCGAGCAGGUGGUGAUAGGCAGGGAUCUUGUGAAUGUGAUCGCCUGUGAGGGGGCGCUGCGGGUGGUGAGAUCGGAGCCGCUAGGGAAGUGGAACUGGCGCAUGCAGGAGGCGGGGUUUGCAGCCGUGCCGUACCCGGCGCGUGCGCGCGUGCAGGUGGAAACGGUUAUGGCACGGUAUCCUGCAGACUUUGGCGUGGAAGAUGAUGAGGGCAGCCUGCUGUUGACGUGGAAAGGGCAACCCAUGAUGGGCGUGGGGGUGUGGCGCGUGGCUCGGUGA